AUGUCAAUCCCUAGCGAUACACCAGCCUCGGGAGCGUCCACUACAGAUCUUGCAAAAGUAACACCUGAAGACAAACCUACGUUUGGGCAGAAACUAAAAACACAUCUGCGAAGAUGGUGGUGGGCUUACUUAUUGGCAUUUAUUUGCAUAGUUCUGAUAGUCAUUCUUCCAGUCGUCUACGUUGGGGUACCUCACAUUGCAAACGAUUAUAUCAACAAAUAUCAAUUUGAUUUAGAUGGUCUUACAAUUAGCAACCCACAACCUACUGCCUUCCAUGUUAGCCAGUCUCAAAAGAUCAGCAUGAACGGGUUUAGUGGCAGUGGGCAACUCUCAACUUUCAAUGCUAGUUUGAAUACGGCCGAUAACCAGGAAUUUGCAGUUCUGCAAGUCCCUGAAAUCGACCUCAAAGAUGGUGGAAGCAUCAGUAUUGACCACGAUCUGCAUUUAACAUGUGUGGACUGUUUUUCACAGGUCCUUACUUCGGCUGCUACGGACAACAACGUUUCGGUGUUAUUAAAAGGGAAACCUGAUUUGAAAAUUGGUUCUCUUCCCACGGCUCAUUUGAAUAUUCACAACAUGAUGAAAAUGAAAGGAUACAAUUUCACUGAUUUGGCGAACACUCCAGGGGCAAUCAACAUUACAAGUCUCAGUCUCCUGAAUCCUCCAGUAAAUGGCUACAACUUUAACGCUACAAUCACUCUCCACAACCCAACACUUUUUGUGGUCGAAAUGGGCCACAUCAUUUUCAAUCUCACUAUUGGAAAUUCAUCCGCGGGAUUUUUCGAUCUCCCUAACCUGGUACUUGCGCAGAAUACCAGCAGCACUGAAGUCCUUGGACAAGUCGAUGAGACGAUGCUUGUUGAACAGGCUGUUCUGAGUGCGGACGGGUUUGGUAUAAUCACUGUUGGUAUUCAGGGUUAUAGUUGUGACUAUAACGGACAGGACAUUCCGUACUUCACCGCAGCGAUUAAAGCCGUCUCAGUAUCGGCGAAGGUUAAUCUGCUUCAAUAUGCGGCAAGCCUAUUUUCAUGA